AUGUCUUCUUCCGAGAGAAUAACGGUUUACAACUUGGCGGACCUCAAGAACACCUCGGACGACGCGCUUCCCAACUACCUUAACUCCCUCAAGUUUACCCAAACCCACACCCUAACUGAUGUUCGCCUCGCGCUCGGCUACUCUGCCUUCCUGAUCGCCGGCGCAUGUUUUCUGUGGGACUAUAAGCUUGGCUUCGAAAGCACCAAGUACUACACUGCGGCCGCCGUGGCCCUCUACUCGCUCCUUAACGGUGCUCUGACGCUAUGGAUCUGGCUCAAGGAGGCGGGUACUAUAUAUGAGGGCACAUCUCCCUCGGGCGAGAAGAUCAAUAUUGCAACCUCGACCAGGAAGAACGACCCAACCUAUCAUAUGAAGAUCACCAUCACUUCCAAAAAUGGUGAAAAGAAGUCGCUUGAUCUCUCGAAACCUUUCGCCGAAUGGUUCGACUCCCAAGGCCACUUCGUCGCCGUCCCCUUCCAAGAGGUCCUUGCCACAAACAUCUCUACCAUCGGCAAGCUUGACCCAAAACGCGUCAAGUCUGCAUCUCAGACGUACUCAACUGACGUACUCGAUGCGCUGUAUGCGGAAAGCACGGCGACGGGCAGCGUCGCCGAGGCAAACAAGGGCGUAAGCAAGCGACGCAAGGCAUAA